AUGAGCGACCCAUCCAAAAGCAACUCGUGCUGCCCACCCAAAUCCCCAUGCUGCCCACCCAAACCCCCGUGCUGCCCACCCAAGCCCCCGUGCUGCCCGGCGAAACCUCCCUGCUGCCCGGCGAAACCUCCCUGCUGUCCACAGAAGUGCUCGUCCCCACCCAAAUCCCCGUGCUGCCCACCCAAACCUCCCUGCUGUCCACCCAAACCUCCCUGCUGCCCGCAGAAAUGCUCGUGCUGCCCGCAAAGCCCGUGCUGCAUCCAGUCACGGUGCUGCCCGCUGGAGAACAAGCCGGAGAACGCCUUCCUCAACAAGGAGUCGGAGGCGUCAUCUAAAGAGACCGGCUCCCUCAGCGGUGCCCAGGGCGGAACCCAGACAGGCCUAUUUGGCCAGAGGAAAACAAGCAAGUAG